AUGAUAGAGGUCUCUGUGAUUGUUAAUCUACAGAAGUCGUUAUUUCCAGAGGACAGACAUGCAUGCCCUAAAACACCUGAAGUCACAACAGUUAAGGAAAAAUCCCCAGAACGCCAGCGUGUGCAAGUGAUAAGCAAAGUAGGCAGCUGUAAACCAGUAUAUCAGAAUUUAAGCCCUACUAGUCGACCGCGCUCUCCAGUUUGUGAUAUAUCUCAGACGGAGUCCAUGACUCGCAUUCAGUCUAAAGAUUGCUCAAGGAGGGACUUUAUUUCGUUGUCUUCUAGCAAACAUGGGCUUUCAUUGACGCAGCAUCGUAGUAGUUUAAUGAAUAACCUGUCUUGGAAAAAGGGUAAAAAAUCUAAUCAGCGGAAAAGAAAGUUGAAUGGAAAGAUAGAGUGGAGCAACAUGGAACCGUUAGAUGUGUCAUACUUAUCAGCUCUUGCUGGUGAAGAUGACAAAGACAGCAUUGAUUAUGUUUUUGCAUAUUCGAGUGAAUGGAAGUCUCAUGUUUGCAUGAAAGGUGAGGCGAAAUCAGUUGAGUUUUCGGGAAAAUCGUUGGCAACUCAUCCUACUUCUUGUCAAGUUGCUGAUAAUAUUACUCAUGCACAAAACACUUUACGCAGUCUACCGUUGUUUUCUCAGAGCGGGUCCAUUCUAUCCUCGAGUACAACUGUUAAUUUGUCUUCUGGAAUAUUUGUUUCUGAUUGUGACACCCAACAACCUUCGUUCCUCGAUGAUUGUAAUCCAGUUUCGAUUGCAGUAAUCGAACGACGGAGCCCAGUUGAUUCUGUGGUCACUGAUUCAGUGCAUUUGUCACCACCAGCUAGCAAUGAAAGAGUUGAGCCUUCACAGAUUUUAGGAGGAACUGUUGCAAAUAUCAUGGCGCGUGUUGGUGGACCACCAUCAGUUGGCGAUUACAUGAUUUACCCAACUCCGCCAUCUGUUGAUGCAACUCAGUCACAGCAGUUCAGUCCACAAAAUACCUUAUUACAAUCAAAUCCGACUAUUAUGUAUCCAUCAGCUGUUCCAUAUAUGUCUGCAACAGCUAUGAAUCUUUGCCACAAUCUUCCUCUAACACAGCUGUCAUCGAGCAUUUCUUCAGAAAGUGAUAUAAUUACAGAUACUGGCUCAUGUGUCAAACGUGACCCAUUUUUUGACGAUAAUAAAGCUCUGGGUAAACUGUAUUAUUCGAUAAACGAAAAGCCUGUGUACAGUAAAUUUAUGAAAUUGGAACUAGCACAAAGCGGGAAAUUUACCGGAAAUAUAUUUGCCAAGGAUUUUUUUUCAUUUGAGCCAAAAGGUGAUCGGAUGCUGGAAGGUGUGUAUGCAGAUCAGUUUAAACUGAUCACAUCUGCUGUUGCUGCACGUGAGAAGCGAAAAAAGAUUGGGCGUGCUCCUGAUUAUUUGUUUAUGCGUGAACGUUUUCGAAAUCUUAUUCCACAUUCUUCAUUUUCUGCGGCACGCCAUUAUCGAAUGGCAUGUAACAGUGCUCAUUUGCUUUCACUACACUGCAUGCCAACUUCACAAGUGCUGUCGUCCGGUGUGUCAAUGAAUGGUUUAAAUUUUGGUGUCAAUGGGCCAUCGUUUGCUGGAAAUUCCUACAAUGGUAGCAGUUCAAUAAUGAAUAUGAUGAUGGGCGGUGGUGGUUGCAUUCAGUCUGGUAGUAACACUAUGGUACAGCCGAUAACUGGAUCAUCAAAAGUGGGGAUGAUUCAUAUAAAUCAGCAGAUGCCCAUAGCGCAUUUGAGACCGUCAGCGAGGAUGCCACCAUUACCAUCGUAUGCACCAUCACAGUCCGGUAUACCGCAACAUCCAGCAUUCAUGAGUCAUUCUGCACAAUUUUCUGGUCCAUCUGCAGUAAUAAAUGCGUCCGGUCAGAUAUGUUCACUUUCUGGUGGUACACUGUGUCCGGUAAGUACUGGUCCAACACAAAAUAUCGGCUCUAGUCCACUACAAUCACAACAUAUGCUUAGUGGACUACACAGUACAACUCCGUCACAACCUCUUGGUGCAAGUAAUUUUCAUGGCAGCAGUGGUGGACAGUUUCCUGUGCAGCAACCUCAGCAGCCGUUCCAACAAUUGAGUCAUUUUGUUAAAAAUGCCAAUUUCAGUGGACACAUGGGGAUUGCGCCUGGUCAACCACCAGUUGAACCGGCACCAACAUUCUCACAAGCAGUUAAUCACCAAUAUCCUCCAUUGCACAGUGUUCAAAGCAGUUCUAUCGUAUAUUCGCAGUCACCACAUAUGCUACGACCCAAUACAUUGAUAACCCAAACACACAAUUCGAAUAUGAUGAACGGUUCACGUACUUCACAGAAUUCAUUAAUGUCGAUGUCACCGUCUAUUGGAAGUCCUAACAGUACAGGAUUAUUUGGAAAUCGUGUAAUGAAUAUGCCGGAUGCUGCAGUUUUAACUGGUAAUGUUCGAAAUUAUCCAGAAGGAAAAUCUUUAGUACUUGCUGUUCUCCUUCAAGACACUGUUUUGGAUCUACAUUAUGAUUCAGUAUUUGACGCUUGUCCCAUUUGCUCUUGUAAUGGGAAUAUCAGAGCUAAGGAAAUUGGAGUUUAUAUAACACCACCUGAAGUGUUGAGGCAACCACCAGCACAGCAACAGCUGAUUGUUAGUAAACCGACCAGCGGAUUUUAUAAUAAUACAUCUAAUUCAUGUAACUGCGGGUUUAGUGCUGUACGGCAUCGUUACUUGAGCAUGAAAGCUGGUUUAUUUGCUGAAGAUGCGAAAGAGGCAACAGAUAUUAACGAAACUCAGAGCCAACCAGCUAUUCCUCACACAAUAUGGUUUGAUUCAAUGAGCGGACGAGACAUGAAUUUUAUCGCACUUCUUCGUGAGCAGACACUUGUUCGUGAUCUCGGUGGUUUACUAGAUCAGGUCAUGUUACUCAGUUUACAGUGUGAAAGAGCCUCCCAGACGGAACAGAUUGGAUCAGAUUCUUCGAAGCGUUGCGAAUAUGUAAUUUCGGAAGUAGACCAGAGAGAAUUACCAUUGGUAUUUCAAGCCGCUUGUGAAGUUGCUUGUAUGGAAAUGAAUUGUCGUCGUCCACCACAUGAUAUUCGAAGCGUUCUUCUUCAUGACUGGGGAGUUCAGAUGUCGAAUGAAAUGCGUGAACCACGUGAAUCAGAAUGUAUGGCUUUGUUGCAAGAGAUCGGGCCAAUAUUGGAAGAAUCUCUACGAAUUGCCCGUUCAUCACCGUUGUUUGGCAGUAACAAUAUAGUGGAAGGACCGCUUACUUGGCGAUUUUUUGACCGCAAAGCACUUAAAGCUUGUGGAGGGAUAGAAGACGACAGUGGUCCAGAACCCGUUCCAAAUAUAGUUUUGGCUUCCGAAAAAGAUGCAAUUGUAACAUCACCACAAAUCUUAAGAUUAUGGGAAAAGAUGUCGUUAGAACCAUACGACCAACCAAAAGAUGUGCUGUAUAUUGGUGUUGUUCCAGAUAACUUAGUUUGCAUUGAAAAAACGAAGAAAUAUCUUAUGGAUUUGUCAAGAAUGUAUGAGCAGUGUCGUUUCGGUCGUCACAUACCCUUCAUACGUGAAGUAUUGCGAGAUGGUUUGUUACGUGUCCCUACCCGAUAUCCAGCUACUAAUCCUGGUGAAUGUGACAAUUUUUUGAAUCAAGUGGAACGCCAUAUUGGUGAUAACAAAUCGUUGAUCGCAAGAUUAAAGGUAUAUAUGCAGUACUUUGAGAAUGAAAUGGCACGCAUAUUACUCACUAAUGAUGAUGUAUUUGAUCGGGAAAAAUAUCGUGCAGCUCUUGCUGAAAAUAUGUUCCAUGUGGUGCCAAAUAGUUCAAUUGCAAGUUUUCAGUGUGGAGGAUAUUCAAUACCGAAUAAUCCAUCUGAUCAGAUGCUACCACUUUCAAUGCCUGGGAAUAUCCUCACUUCUAGUCAAUCUUGUGGAACGCCGCAAGGUUCAAACAAUGCUAGUGGUCCAAAUUCAGCUGGUGUCACAACAUCAAAUAUUGGGGAAUCUUUCACGCCAGAUAGUUCAGGUGGUGAUAGUAGUGGUCAGAACAUUUCUAAUAUUUCGUCGUUCAUUACUGAGCAACUGACAUCUGAUGGUCAUUUACCAGAGGAUGAGACAGGAACGUUACCUCAUGUUAUUGUUAUCUACCUCGUGAAUCCUUUCUUAUUGGGUGCAGAAGAAAAUCCACUUGUGGCAAGGGUUGUUACAGUUGCGCUGAUGCGUGCAUUCAACGCGCUUCUUUAUCGGUUGAAUAAUAAACGUCGGCCACAACUACAAUUAGAACUGAUUGCUCUGCAAAACAUCUUUGAUUAUUGUGGACUCUCAGCUGACUUUCUGAAGGAUGAAAGAGGUCGACUGAAUGGAUAUGAUCAAGGGCGAUUGGAAAAAUCACAAAAUGAACGAUUAUCAUCUUCUGAUUCACUAAAGACCAUUGCGUUCUCAGUUUAUACUCAUUCACGCGUUGUAUUGCCAGAUAUUGUACGUGGUAUUUUACCAAAAAGUAUGACACGUUUUGGACCAGCAGCAGCUAUGGUUGAUUUGUUGAAUGAACUGGAUCGUAAAGACCCAGUUUAUUACAAAGUUCCAAGCAAACCAUUCAUUCUUGCUCCGCCAUCACCCGUUAUGCAACGUCCAAACUGCGAUUUGAUGCAGAUCAAUACUGAUGAAGUUGUUUUGUUUGUAAGUUAUUGCUUGAUAGGGAACGAUUGGCUCGCUGCAACUGUAACAGAUCACCAAGGUCAUUUGCUAGACAAUUGUUUGAUCAAUUUACGGCUUAAACCUGACCAUAAAAGGGUCAACAUGAGGUACAAGCAGUCAACGCAGAUUAGAGAUAGUUUGUAUCGUUUGUGGUCUUAUAUUUUGGGUAUAUUAGCAACUGGUACGAAAAAUUGGAGACUUGUGAUUGGAAGAGUGGGAAGAAUUGUUUGGACUCAGAUUCUUAGCAAGCCCUAUUUAAAGCAAGUUGGAACACGUAUGAAACAUGUAUGUCGAGCGUGCCACGUAAUGCCAGGAACAUCGGAAAAUCCUGGUUUACUUUCGGCUUGUUUGGUUAGUUUAGAACCUGAGGCGCAUCUCCGGGUGUUUCCAUCGUCAUUCCAACAUGAUGAUAGAUUUCUCAAAACUUCGCGAUACCGUACGCUAACAACUCCGGACGACACUAGCUGCACUCAUAUUUUGGUUUUCCCUACCAGUCCUGAACUAAAUUUAGAUCAUCAGGGUGGAAGUGGUGUUGCCGAAUUAGAAGAAGAUGAUUUCUCGAAUUUAUUGAAAGAAAAUAUUGGUGAAGAGUUCAAUGAACUGAUAGGUAACGGUGAAGAUUUGAUGACCAAUACAACUGGAUCAGCUUCGAAUGCAGCAAAUUUUCGGGUGAAUGGUAAUACGGGAAUCCCAAGUGAAUAUGCAGAUGUUUCAAUAGAGAAUCAGCCGCUUGCUACAGGUUAUUAUAUAUCAACAGCACCAGCAUCUGAUCUGCCAGAUUGGUUUUGGUCAGCCUGUCCAGCUGCUAAACGACGCAAUCCAGUGCAUCUAAAAAGUUCUCUUCACUUAAAUACACCAAACGUACAACUAGGCGAUGAUAUUUCAUCAUUUGGGAAAGGCGCUGAAGCAUGCCAUCACCAGUUAGAUAGUCAAGCAACAGCCGAUGUUCUAAGGUAUGUUCUGGAAACCUACAAUGCAUUAUCUUGGCUGAAUAUUGAUUUGGUAACUGGAGAACGACGUUCCUGUUUACCUGUUCACAUUCAAGCGCUUAUGCGGGCGAGUAAAUUUGUUGAGGAAGUUCGGGUUUGCUAAUU